CACUUCGAUCAGCUGUUGGACAACAACAACAAAGAGCAAGCAGCGAGGAGGAAACAAGCUCACACUCCCGCGUAGUUUUUACCCAUUUAAGGUUGAUAUAUAUAUAAUUAUAUACGUAAAUGUUUUUAUUUCUUCCGUGAAGAAACCGCAGGUGUUCAUGUUUUUACCAAAUCUAAAAUUUCUACCUCACAGUGACGGAUUUUUCCUGCUGCAGGAUUCAGUCGUGGUCCUGCUUCCACUGUCCCUCAGAUGAUUUGUGGCUCCGCCUCUUUCAUGCACUUCAACAUCAUCGUUUCAGCGCCCCGCAGCUGAUGACCAAACGUGCGGCUCACAGCACAUCAGCCUAGCCUCGUCAGCCCAGCUCCACAGCCAGUCUCCGUCUUCAGUGAGGAUGUUCCAGAGGUUCGCCAGCGCUCUGUUCGGGGACGAUGUGGAAGAGCUGAGACAACGUGCUCCACCAGGUGGCAGUAGCAAAGAGAACGAGGAAGAGGACGAAGACUGGAUCCUGGUGAACUACCUGGCUGAAGCCUGCUCCAGUCAGUGUGGUGAUGGUCUGUCUGGAUCCACUGGUGGUCGUGAAGAUGAGGAGGAGGACGACGACGACGACGACCUGGUGAUUGUCCCCUCAACAUUGACCAACUCCCCAACCCGCUACGCCUCCUGCACCUCCCUCAACUCCACGGCAGACACUGAUCCAGAUGGUGGCGUUGAAGAGGAUGAGGUCGAUGGCGAUAACGACGACGACGAUGAUGAUGAUGUGUUAGAGGAAGACGGCGGGUUCCUGCGGUUGGAGUCCUGCUCUCUGGAGGAAAGCUGGUUUGUCACACCUCCACCGUGCUUCACCGGCCGCAGCAGCCAGCCCGUCCUCCUGGAGACCAGUCCUCUGGAGAACCUGCUGAUUGAACACCCCAGCAUGUCCGUCUACGCCCACCACAGCCCACCGCGACUCCCCCUCGACCCCCUGCAGUGCUCCUUCGACCACGAGCUGGAGUUUCUCUCCGCUGCAGCUCCAACUGCGGCUGGGAAGGAGAAGACAAGGCGCCCCCUGGAUGGACCCCGGCACAGGCCUGAGGUGGCUAUUGUUCAGCGUCACUCCAGCCUUCAGGCAGCCUGCUACGCUGCAGCGUUCUCCACCCGGGUCAGCCUCCUACAUCAGCGACCAGGUGGUGCCACCCAACGCUCCCAACCACUCUCUCGUAACGCCCUGCGGCGCCUCAACCUGCUGCGCCCCCCUAAGGCCAGCACGGUGCACCUGCACCAGCCGAGCCAGAGGCACCUCAACUUCUGAGGGACGCUGCCGUGACACCUUCAUCGACGUGGAUCGCUAACUCAGGUCCAGGCUUUCACCAGCACCCGUUUAGCCUUCACUCAGACAUCGAAGCUGUCCUGAAAACAUUAUUAGGUGAAAGAGGGAAAAUGGUUCAAAGAGAUAUCUGUCUUUUUAUUGGCGGUGAGGUCAGUUUAGCUCCUCCUCCUCUUCACUUCUCCCUCUUGUCGAUAUUGAGGAGUGACCCUGCCAUCCACCUUCUUUUUUUAUGUCUAAUCACAGUGAGGACGAGCGGUCACAUGACCUCCUCUCCCUCAUCUUUUUCUUAGUUUCUUCUUCUUGUGUAGAAUCAUUACUGUAGGUCACUUUACUCAGAGGCAGGUUAGCAGCACUGACCACGGGAGAUGAAAACCGUCAACAGCCACUCGCACCACCUGUUAGCAUCCAUACAGGUGGCGCUGAGUCGUCGUUGACCGCUGAUUGUCAAGAAGUUUACGGUUUUGGUACAUUUGGAUGUUAGCUACGGCUGUAGUUCAUGCAGUUAAGGAGCUACACUCUGUUUAUAAAUACAUAAAC